UCACAUUUUGGAUAAAAUUCUUAUAGGCAGUACCUUGCCUCUAUUUUUUUCUUCUUUGGUUAAAUUAAAAAAAUCAAGCUGCCUCCCCAACUGAAAUUAAACAAGAUGGGCUGGCGCAUUUCCACGCGCUCGGAUCGGUCCAACAACACGGAUCUCAUGGAGGGACCCACUCCCCGGCAUUCCUUGCUAUCCGGGAGAUACAAACAGAGUUUCGCCUACUUGACUCUUAGGACUCGCAUGCCGGGUAUUAUGCAGCAGGUUAUCAUGAGGGUAACAGGCGAUGUUCCGGAUCUGGUGAUCAAAUAUGGUGAAGAGGUGCGCAAGGACGUGAAGCAGAUAGUGGAUGCUAUAGAACGCCUGAAGAUGGAACUGAAUCGGGAUAGGCAGUUCCUGUUAUUUCACGGUGCUGAGCCGGAUAAAGCCGAGUGGAAUGCCUUCCUGACGGAGAUGCCACGCCCUAAGAGAUCCUUCUUUCGCGCCUGCUGGCUGCACGCCGAGUGCUACCUGUACCGGAGGAUCUUUUCCUUCUUCGAGAACAGUCGCUUCCUGCACACCUACGACUGCUUCGAUCACUUGAAGCAGGAGGAUCUAAUGAUCAGCGAUGCGGCCAUGAGAGCUCUGGCCCGAGCCACUCGAUCAUUGCCCAAGAGCUAUGAUGUUUUCAGCAAGCUUCUGAGGAUCAAUCUCUGGGGCAAUCACUUUGAAAUGCAACUGGGUGCCUUCAAUUUCGACGAGGAUGACGACCAGAACGAUAUCAAUGUUCUGGCCAAGGUGGCCGACAUCGAUAGGAUCCUCCUGGUAAAUGACACGGCGUUGAUCUGGAACUGCCUGAUGAAGAACGUCAAGUCGAACGAGGAUCGCGUUGUGGACUUCAUCUGCGACAAUGGAGGUUUAGAGUUCUUCACCGACAUGCUGCUGCUGGAAUAUAUGGUGGAUAAUAAGCUGGCCACCCAGGUUAGGGUCCAUGUCAAGGCCAUUCCCUGGUAUAUAUCCGAUGUUACUCGGCAGGAUGUCGACUGGACCAUGAAGUAUCUGAUCGAGCACAGGGAUGAGCUGCUUUCGACGGUGGGGAAAAAGUGGGCAAAGCUCAUGAGUUCCGAAAAGAUCGUCAUUGCACCAACCUCUUAUUUCUGGACAGGACCGCAGCCCUAUUUCGUGAUGGUGGAAUCGGAUCUGGAGCUCUAUCGCAUGCUAACCACCUCAAGAUUGGCAAUCUUCAAGGGCGAUCUGAACUAUAGAAAGCUAAUGGGCGAUUAUAUCUGGGAUUCGGCGGAGGAGUUCAUCACCUGCCUGAGGGGCUUCAGACCCACAAAUAUAUGUGCCCUGCGCUCCGUAAAAUGCGAGGUGGUUUGUGGACUGCCCGAGGGUCUGGCCGAUGCCCUCCUGAGGGCCGAUCACAACUGGAUGAUCUCCGGGAACUAUGGCGUUAUCCAGUACACCGACUCCCUGAAGUGUUGCUGUGCCUUACCGGGUCAGGAGGAUCCCCGUCGAGAUGAUCAGGGAACGGCACUGGUGGCGGCCCAAUCGCAGAGGUCGACGCUGCUGAUAACUCCCAGCGGAUAAAUGGAUGCGAAUUUGUCAGUCGGAAAUCGAAUGGCCUCGUUACACCCACUCGGAGUUGGAAUCGCUGCCAGUGCUGCCAAAAACGCCCAAGGAUGGCCAAUUGCCGCUUGACUAAUGCUGUUGGUUUUAUAGAUGGGGCGCACAUGCGCACCCAUUUGUCCCGACGACUACCAAUUUGGAAAUGGAAAGUUGCCACAGUGUGGCUACAAGUUGCCAAAGGCAAGGCAGAAAAAAAAAUAUGAAAAUUAAAGAUGUGCUGAUUAAAUUGAUUGUAUUUCAAGAUAAAAUUUGUCACAGAACUAC